GGCAGUUUGCUUUUUCAGGGUGAGUUCACACAUCUGGCAACCAUCCCCCUCGGAUUUCGGAAAAUUCAGCCAACUUAAAGGGUUUUUGACUGAUUUGCCGAUGCAGAUGUUGUCUGUGGAGCAGUAUUAACAUAUCUCUGGUUAGCAGCGGUCGCUCCCUCUCACUGCCUGUAAUGGAUUAUGAGGAGAAAGCAAAGUCAGCUGCUGACUGCCUGAUGAGCUACAAGAAGGAUGAGUCCGGCUGGAAAGUCUGCAAGAAAUCGAACGACGUGGUUGUGUCUUGGCGUCCUUCGUCUGAAUUCCGUGGGAAUGUUUAUAAGGGGGAAGGGAUUGUGAGUGGAAGCCCGGAGAAAGUGUGGGAGUGCUUAAAACCCGUACCCAACGGCAUCAGAGUGAACUGGGACAACAACGUGAAAAAGUUUGAACUCCUGGAACAAAUCACAGAGGACAUCUCUAUCUGCCGAACAGUCACGCCCUCAGCAGCUAUGGGUAUCAUAGCUCCACGAGACUUUGUAGAUGUUAUUCUAGUGAAACAAUACGAAGAUGGCACCAUUUCAUCAAACGCCACCAACGUGAGUCACUCGGACUGUCCUCCCCAGUCUGGCUACGUGAGAGGAUUCAACCACCCCUGUGGGUGCAUCUGUGUCCCCAUCUCAGGAGAGCCCAAGAAAACGGAGGUUCUGAGUUUCUUCCAGACCGACCUGGGCGGCCUGCUCCCUCGCUCCGUGGUCGACUCCUUCUUCCCCUCCAGCAUGGCUGAGUUCUACAGCAACUUGGCCAAAGCUGUGAAAUCCCUCAAGGACCUUUGACACCGAGAGUUAAGAACCUCUACCUUUAAAAAAAACAAAGGCCUACUGACCUGUUAGGUCAAAUGCUCAUUCCAUUUUUAACAGUCCAAAACCCAACAGCACCAGUGCACUGGGACUAUCUAACAGUUUCUCUUGAAUAGUCUCAGGAUUUAUCUGUAUCCCCCUGCUGCUGUCAGAGGAAUCCAGUAAAUCUUCAGGCGUUCAGGGUCUAAUUUGAUGGCACUUAAUGAACUGAGGAGUAAAAGCGAGGCUGCAUUUGACAAACCAGCAUCUCUAAAGUCCCCGUCUUUGGGCUGAAAAUCCUCCCACCAAUCUAAAGAGAGAACACAGACGUGUUUAUAUCUGUUACCUGGUUUAAAGUAGCAGGAUGAUGAGACACCAGACAUUUACUCUUUGUAUCAUUGCAUACUACAGUGUACAGAAAACAUGCAUGUUGCAUGGACCUUGUUUACCCUCCAAAGGUAUCAGAUUACUGGUUAAACUGACCUUUACCUCAGCUCAUACCUCAUACUUAGUUCUUCAUGUUGUACUUGAACUCUCAUAGAUAACGUCUGCUCUGCUUACCUGUACAUCAUGAUUGUCUGCCACUUUAACCUGCUGCACUCGAGCGCCGGAGCACGAGUGGGAAGGCACGGGUGUGCUUUAAGACAAAGGAUGUUUUCCCUUUGAAAAAUGUCAUGAAGAAGACAUUACUGCACUACUGAGCAUCUUGUCUUCCUCUUUUACUCCAGGCUAUGCUUCCUCCCUCCUUCGUAUCCAGUCCCUGAAACUCCCCAACGGAUGUCUGUCAGUAUUUAGUCCCUUUUUUGAUGUCAUCGUGUUUGACUGGAUCCCUUUAAAACAGUCAGGAAACAGGGGCCCUCAAAGUCCACCCACCUCUUUAAAAUAAACAACAGUAUGUUUAAUUAAUAUUCAAUAAUUGAUUCCAAAAUUAGGUGAUUAUUUGUUCUUCAACCUUUUCAGCCUAUCCCGUUCUGAGAUCUCAUAAGAUCCACUGAGCUGUUCUGGCACACUGUUGUGGUGAGACAGGAGGAGCGUCCUCACCAAUGAGGUGACUGCAGGUGUCACAUGUAAUGUUAAAAUAUUUAUACACAUGACAACACUAGAGCCUGAAAACGUUCAUCAAGCUGUUCCUUGUAGCUCGUGCUGAAGGCUAGUUCUGGUGUCGCGGUCGGCAGUCCUUUUCAUAAUAACAUAAUAAUUCAAACAAUCAUGGAGUCAAAGCCGGCAUAGGAGAGAGCUUCACUCAAGAUUUAAUAUUCAAUAAGUGUCCCAGCUUUCAUUGGAUCAGGUUUUUAGCUGGUUUCAUCUAAAGGUUAAAUCAUAAAAGAAAAUCAUGCUCUCAUCUUUCAUUGCACGCUUACUGCAUCUACACUUACUGCAUUUAUUAUACCUAUUUAAACUAGAAGUAAGGGGUGCAGUAAAGUUAAGGUCUAAGAGUUUUGGUGCACAGACUACAAGCUGCUUCCGGCCCUGUUAUGAUCUCUAUUUACUUUUUCACAGAGAUUCAGAGCGUGUUCUGUUAAGUUACAGCUGAUACAUGUUGCUGUUUAUCACACAGUAAUGAUUGCAGUACGAAUAGACAGGAGACGUCGGAGGAGAUGAAAUACCCGGCCAAUGUUUGGAGAUACAGGAAGUGCUGUUAAUGCUGGACAUACAAUGCCACCGAGCGGACCAAUCACAGGGCUUGCGGUCCACGUUGAUUUGACGCGUAGUUACAUUUUGGAGGAGUUGUGCGUCGGCCUCUGCGUAGGUAGGGGAGCUACACGAAUAGGCUAUGUUGCGAUUUGACACAGAAGUCCUCCAUUCCUCAGAAUAAGUUCAGACUGAUAGUACGGUUCAGACCUGCUGCUUUGAGACAGCAUUUGUUCUGAUUUGGUGCUCCUCUCUAUCAUCAUCAUCCAGCUGGUUCCAGGCUGUUUUAACUCCCCCUACUUCACAGUCAUCCACUCCUCACUGUAGUGGACAGGCUGGAGGCUUCUAAAAUUUUAAUGACUGAGUGCUAUCAAAAUACACUGGUGUUGACUCAUCUCUGGGGUCAAUACAAAUGUGCUCCGUCAGAGACACAGAUGAUAACAGGCCUGACUCCUUGAUCACGGCACACUGCCUUAAAUGCUCUUGUAUUAAAUGCAUUUUAUUAAAACUAACAAUAAACUGUCCAGUGCAGCAGGUACUCACAAUAAGACCCCAGCUUCAUAUUUACCUGGCAUUAACAGUGCUACAGUAAAAACACACUGUUGUAAUUUUUUUAAACACUGGAUUUAAUACGUGUGCCUUUAUAUGAUCUACAACAGCAAACAACUGCUGCUACCUGGUUCCAACUGAGGGGUUGCAGCACGCAGACUGAAACAGCCUGUGUUUGUACAUGCUGGACACGUUAAAGGGAAGCAGGAGGAGGUUUAAGUCCUCAGAAAUGACUAUUUGCAUGUUCUCCUGACAAAGACACUACUUCUUUUAGACUUGUUAGAAUUUUACGUAGUUCAUAGUUCAAGCUUGCAGCACUGGAAACAUCUUAAAUCACCUCUGUAUUUUAUUAUCUAAUCAAAUAAAAUAGCUCUUUACACGGCAGGACUGCUCUGUUUCACUUAAUAAUCAAUUCACCCUGUUAAGAAUAUCCACGAUCACAAUCACCUACUGCACUCAUUUAAUGUUCAGACGCUGAGAGUCACAGAAAAUUCCACCUAGCUACAUAUUUUAAUCUCGAUCCAACAUUUAACUUUCAUUUCCUCUCUGAGUUAAGUUGAUUAAAUGUUUGUCUAAACCAUGAUUAGAAACUGUUUGAGGAAUCCCUCAGAAUAAACUGAACAAAGACGAGUGUCUCAAUCCAGGAUGGCUUGAUUUGUGUUAUGUGUUGGUGUUUGUAGAGUCUUUGUCCAUGUGAGAGAAGAUUGUUCUCACGUUUUCUGAAAGAUUUAGAAUAUUUAGCUUCCUUUGAUUCAUAGCUUAGUCACUAAUAUUAAUAACAUACCUCCUAACUUUAUUCAUCCUGUGUGAAUGUGUCACAUCCAACAUGUGGCUUUUUCUUGUGUUGAUUGUCUGAUGAUGGGGCCAGCCAGGAUUUUUAUCUUGAAUCUUUUUUAUGUUGACAAAUCCGUAUAUUUAGAAAAACACUGGUAUUAAUAUUUGAGCCAUAUUUAAUCGCAUUAUCUGGACAAAGUCAUCCUUUGUUCAUUGACUGAUUCUUCAGAGUGUGACUGAACUCUCUGUCAGAGGUACAGUACGUUCACACAUGUGCUGACUGUUUGCUCCACACUCGCAUGUCAUCCUCCCUGAAUCUACAUGUGCAAUAACUCGUCCUGAUCCAGGUGAAAAAGUCCAGACAGGAAUAUUAAAGCCACAACAUGUAGAGUGAAUAAUCAGACAGGCUUUUCUUUGUUUGAAACUGUUUAUACACGGAGGUCUGAAGUAAUUCAAUCCCCAUCUGUUUUGUAAGUUAAACUACGGUCGCACACUGUCAUAGAAACAUGUGGUCAUCAUACAGUACAUGUGUUGUAAAUGUCAGGUACCUGGCUCUGUAUAAAGAUUGUGUACAGCUGCAGAAUAAACGACCACUGCAAAGAC